UAUCUAUACUUCGUAGUGUCUCACUCUGGAUUGCUCCUCACUCUGUCCCGCGUCGCUCUUCUUCUCCAGCCAUUAGAGAUGCAGACGAUCCUCGCAGCGAUGGCCGCGCACACCGUGCUAUCAGCGGCUCCGCCGUACGCCUCCCUCCCUCCUCCUCCUCCUCCAGCCUCCUCUGCAAGCCUAUUCCUUUCGACCUUCGUCGUGGAGUACCCCCUCCGGAUCUCCCUUCUCCAGUCUUCAAACCCAGCAGCCGUACCCAAGCCCCUUGCUGUAGCCGCCGCCCCCUCGACCAAGAAGGCAGUUGCCGUGCUCAAGGGAAGUUCUCAGGUCGAAGGCAUUGUCACCCUCCUCCAGGAAAACGACGGGAGCCCCACAACAGUGAAGGUUCGUGUGAGUGGACUAACCCCCGGACCUCAUGGCUUCCACGUUCAUGAUUAUGGUGAUAUUACAAAUGGAUGCAUUUCCACAGGUUCACAUUUUAACCCUAAUAAGAUGACACAUGGUGCUCCUAAGGACAAUAUUCGCCAUGCGGGUGAUCUAGGAAACAUAUUUGCCAACUCUGAUGGAGUGGCUGAGGCGACAAUUGUGGAUGCACAGAUUCCAUUGAGUGGGCCUACUGCAGUCAUUGGAAGAUCCUUUGUAGUUCAUGAGCUUGAAGAUGAUCUAGGAAAAGGAGGGAAAGAGCUUAGUCUAAGCACUGGCAAUGCAGGAGGAAGAUUGGCAUGUGGUGUUGUUGGCUUAACUCCACCUUAGUCAUUCUAUCUCUUAAGCUUCGUUUGGAAUCGCUUUCAUGAAGCAGUUUUUUAGUAAAAAAAAAUUUGAAUUUGAAAAUUUUGUACUAAAAAGCUGCUUUGUAAAGCAGAAAGAAAGCUAUUCCAAUUUCCAAACAAUACCUUGAGCUAAUAAAUUUCUUUCACUACUUGGAAGCAAUUUAUCAGAUCUAAAUGUUACUCAGCAUUUUCUGCUAUGUAUAGUGAUUUGAGAUUUUUUUUUUUUAAUCUAGAAUUUGUGGAGGCUGUUUCCUAUUGCUACAAUAUAGUUAAUGUAAUUUCUUUAUUUAUAUGAA